AUGACCAACCAGAGCGCAAUAAGAACGCCAGUCAAGAACGGCGGCGAAGAUCUCAACAGGAGCGAGACAGAGCCCAGCACCAUCAGGGUCGGAAACGUCAGGAAGACAUCAAGCACCGCAAUCGACAAGAACCUAAACCCAAUAGAGCGUGUCCUACAACGAGCGCAUGGCAGACGGCAGUCUUUAAAUGAGCCUACCACUGGCAUCUGCCCCGGCCCAGGCACGUGUCCGGAGUCGCGGUCCCAGCAACAGCUGAAAGCGUGCACAUGCGAGAUUCGAAGUGCCUUCUGGGAGAUUGAUAGUCAUCAGAAGAAGCUUAAGGAUGCACGGCUGGCAUGGCGUCCGGAAUCUUUUGAGCACUGUCCCAAACAGCAUCGUGAAAAGUUCAAGAAGAUGGCCCGGGAGAUCUUUGUUGUUGUGGAUGACAUGCUUGAGCAGGGGGUCUAG